AUGCAAGAUUGUCAGGUGUCAUUGAAAGCAGAAAGUAAAGGACAUCAAUGGAGUUUAAGUCUUGCAUGUGUAAGAAAUUUGGAUACUUGGUAUCCACAUUGUGCAGGUAAUGCAAAACUCUCUAUCAAAGAGGAAAGAAAAAUUGCGACACAAAAUAAUGGAUUAUGUCUUUCCAAAAAGUAUAACAGUGCACAUGCUAAAUUAAAAUGGCAAUGUGGACAAAAGCAUGUAACUGAAUUAUUGGGUACACCCCCAUCCAAUAAUCACAGACCUGAUUUCUUGAAAACAGAUAAACACCCAUAUAACCUCAUUGCAAAUAUGGAAGAAAAUAAGAUUGAUACUAAUGUGUCAACUCACGAUGAUAUAGUUAACUCUAUAUCUGAAUCCCUAAAAGCUGAUACUGAGAUCAGCCCCAAGGAGGUAAAAAAUGUGACUCCAUAUCUUACACAGCAGAGGAAUGAUAUCCCACCUCUGAUUGAAUCACAUUCUCAGAUUCCAAUAGAAGGGAUGGGAGCAAUUCUUUAUUGUGGCAAGUACUUUGAUGUCACCUUUAUUGGCAUAUGUAUUACUUACCUUAUUGAUUAUUGCUGUUAUGUGGUUUGUUAUAUUGAGAUGUACAUGGGGGUUAGAGAGAAAAAGUAA